GAGUGCCACCAGGCAGAAGGCAGAGAUGACCAAGGAAGAAGACCUACCAGACUGGAACUCAUCCAAGGAGUUCUAUGAAAAAUAUGAGCCGAAGGAGGUUUUGGGCAGGGGGGUGAGCAGCGUCGUCCGUCGGUGCAUUCACAAAAGCACCCGGCAAGAGUAUGCUGUGAAGAUUAUUGACAUCACGGCUACCUCCCCCCCGAGGGGGGUGCAGAACCUGCAAAAAGCCACUGCCAAAGAGAUCGACAUUCUCCGGAAAGUCUCGGGCCACCCCAACGUCAUCCAGCUGAAGGACAGCUAUGAAUCCAGCACCUUCUUCUUCUUGGUGUUUGACCUGAUGAAGAGGGGGGAACUCUUCGACUACCUCACUGAGAAAGUCACCUUGAGCGAGAAGGAAACCAGGAAGAUCAUGCGGGCACUGCUGGAAGUGAUCCAGUACCUCCACUCCAUCAACAUCGUCCACCGGGACCUGAAGCCAGAGAACAUCCUCCUGGAUGACGACAUGAACAUUAAGCUGACGGACUUCGGCUUCUCCUGCCAGCUGCGUGAGGACGAGAAGCUCAAAGAGAUCUGUGGCCCGCCUGGCUACCUGGCCCCCGGGGUGGACCCGCGGCAGCGGUACACGGCCGGCGAGGCGCUGGCCCACCCCUUCUUCCAGCAGUACGACGUGGAGGAGGUCCGGCACUUCAGCCCCUUCCGGAAAUUCAAGGUGAUCUGCCUGACCGUCCUGGCGUCAGUCCGCAUCUACUACCAGUACCGGCUGGGGGGGGCGGUCACCAGGGAGCUGGUGGUGCGGGACCCAUACGCCCUGAAGCCCGUCCGCAAGCUGAUCGAUGCCUGCGCCUUCAGGACCUACCGGCACUGGGUGAAGAAGGGGGAGGCGCAGAACAGAGCCGCUCUCUUCGAGAACACCUGCAAGGCCAUUUUGCUGACCCUGGCAGCCGAGGAAGGGCUGUUUUGAUGGCCACUGCGUAAGCUGAUGAGUUUGCUCAGAGUUAAGGCGAGUAAAAUCUUUGAAAACCAA